AUGGCUUCAAGAACAGUUUGUUUAUGGUUUUUAUUUAUGAUUAUUACAGAAGUAGUCGGAGAAAAUACACAAUCAAUAAUAAUGUCUUUAACACCUGAUUCUAAAUAUCAAUGUGUCAAUACAACGUGUUUACCAUUCAUUAGUUUUAUUACGUCAAACAUUAGAAAUUGUCAAAUAGUCUGUUUAACUCAAAGUCAUUGCAGAGCAGCAACUUUUCAUCGAUCAACAUCUAAUUGUGAAUUAUUUGGUGAUAUGUUGAAUCAAAAUGAAAAUAUGUUGACUGAUGUCGAUGCUACUACUAUGAAUAUCAUUAGUGGAACACGUUUUCAACCUGAAUGGACAACGACAGGAAACAUGAGUAUCGGACGAUAUUGGCACACAGCAUCUACAUUAGUAAAUGAAUCCGUAUUAGUUGUUGGUGGAUCGGGCAACGGUGGUUAUCUCAAUAGUGCUGAAUUGUACAAUCCAUUAACAGGCACUUGGACAACCACAGGAAACAUGAGUACCGUACGAUAUAUUCACACGGCAUCCGUAUUAGCAAAUGGAUCAGUAUUAGUUACUGGUGGACAGAACUCCGUUGGUGAUCUCGAUAAUGCUGAAUUAUAUAAUCCAUCAACAGGCACUUGGACAACUACAGGAAAUAUGAAUGUCCUACGAGCAGCUCACACAGCAUCCAUAUUAGCAAAUGGAUCAGUAUUAGUUGCUGGUGGACACAACGGUACUAGUUAUCUCGAUAGUGCUGAAUUGUACAAUCCAUCAACAGGUACUUGGAUAACCGCAGGAAGCAUGAGUUUCGCACGAGCUUGGCACACAGCAUCCACAUUAGCAAAUGGAUUAGUAUUAUUUACUGGUGGAGAUAACAGUAUUGGUUAUCUUAACAGUGCUGAAUUGUACAAUCCAUCAACAGGCACUUGGACAACUACAGGAAACAUGAGUAUUGCACGAUAUGUUCACACAGCAUCCACAUUAGCAAAUGGAGAAGUAUUAGUUGUUGGUGGAUCGGGCAACGGUGGUUGUCUCAAUAGUGCUGAAUUAUAUAAUCCAUUAACAGGGACUUGGACAACUACAGGAAACAUGAGUGUCGCAAGAUGUUAUCAUACAGAAUCUACAUUAUCACAUGGAUCAGUAUUAGUUACUGGCGGAUACAACGGUGCUAGUUUUCUCAAUAGUGCUGAAUUGUACCAUCCAUCCACAGGCACUUGGACAACUACAAGAAGCAUGAAUGUUGCACGAGAACUUCACACAGCAUCCACAUUAGUAAAUGGAGAAGUAUUACUUACUGGUGGGAGCAACAACGGUGGUUAUCUCAAUAGUGCUGAGCUUUAUUAA